CUCCGUGUGCCGGAGCUGUCCAGCACUUCAGCAGGGGCCGCGCCGGGGCCGCGCCGAGGGGCCGCGCCCGGCGGGACCCCCGGGACCCCGGUAACCCCGGUAACCCCGGCACCACCGGCACCUCCGGCACCCCCCGCGGCCCGCAGGGACACAGCGGGGCCGGGCCCGGCGGACGGCGGGGCGAGGCAAUCAUGGCUCUCUACAACAAUGGGGCUGACGUGCCUUCGCCCCAGGAAGCCUCCAAUGGCUUCCCCCAGCCCGGUGCCUCAGGAACGUGGCACAAGGGCGAGGAGGAGGUGAGGCUGGUGGAGCCCAGCAUGGUGAAGAAGGCUCACCGGGAAAUCCUGGACCAUGAGCGCAAGCGGCGGGUGGAGCUGAAGUGCAUGGAGCUGCAGGAGAUGAUGGAGGAGCAGGGGUACUCGGAAGAGGAGAUCCGACAGAAAGUGGGGACCUUUCGGCAAAUGCUGAUGGAGAAGGAGGGUGUGCUCACCAGGGAGGACCAGCACGGGCGCCAAAUCGUGAUAGAAAACCACCACGGGGCGGACGGGGCGGAGUACGAGGUGGAGUACCCUGAGUACGGAGAGGGCUGCCUGCUGCAGUGCGACUGCUCGGCCGAGUGCUACCGCGAGGACAGCGGCCACCGCGAGUACAGGUUGAAAAGGCGCUCGAGCAGCUCCACCUCUCCUCCACCCAAGAAGAAAAAGAAGAAGAAAUCAGGUCACCGCCGGAGCCGCAAAAAGAGGAAACCUGGCUCAGAGCGCAGCUGUGACAGCUCUUCACCCAUCCGCAAGGAAAAGAAAAAGAAGACUGGAAAGAAACACAGACGUGACAGGUCUGAAUCGGGGUCACGAAAAAAGAGAAGACACAGGUCCCGAAGCCCCAAGAACAAACGGAAAGAGAAAAACAAGGAGCGCAAGAGGUCCCGCAGCGAGUCCCCGGCCUGGCGCUCGCACCGCCGCAGCUCCUGCAGCUCCCACAGCGCCUCGCUCUCCUCCGACGACAGCGGCUCUAAAUCCCCGGGCAGGCUGAGCCCCAAGCGCCGGCAGGAUGGCCCCAAGGGCAGCAGCGCCCGCUCCAGCCGCAGCCCGUCCUCGCCCUCGCCGCAGCGCUCGGCCUCGCCGCACCAGAACGGGCACAAGGGCAGCGCCCAGAACGGCCGCCACAGCCACGGCGCCCCGCUGCCGGAGCCCUCGGAUAGGCCAACCUCGGCAUCCUCCUCUCCGCGGGCUCACGGCAGGACGGAGCCGCCGUCCCCCCGCCCCCGGGGGAACCGACACGGCGCCCGCAGCCCCCGGUCGGCCACACCGGAUCGGGCCAAGCACGGCCACCGGCACCGCUCCCGCAGCGCCUCUCCGCCGCCCCGACACCGCGGCCAGAGCAAGGGCCGACCCCCGGGCCCCCGGGAGCCGCCGCCGCUCAGCCCCGCCGGCUACAGCAGCGACUCGGAGGGCUCGGCCGGCUCCCACCCCUACCACCCCCCGGCCGGCCCCGACAGGAACCACGGCGCGCACGGCAAGAAGGUGAAGGAGCGGCACCACCGGGGCCGGCCCAACAACAGCUCGGAGUCGUCGGCCAAGCACUCCCGGCACGCCUCGGAGCGGAGGAAGAGCCCGUCCCCCAGCCCGGGCCAGCGCAGCAGCUCCUGGAGCUCCAGCGGCUCCAUCUCCAAGUCCCGCUCCCGCUCCCGGGAGAAGAGAGCGGCGCGCAGCCGCUCCCGCUCGGCCUCGCCGAAAAAGCCAGCCAGCAGAGAGAAGGACAACGAGCCCCGAACACGCCACGGGGAUCCCGAUCCCGCCCGCCCCCGGCGCCGCUCCCGGAGCUACUCCCCCAUCAGGAAGCGGAGACGCGACUCGCCCAGCUUCAUGGAGCCCAGGAGGAUCACCAGCGCUCGCAAGCGUCCCAUCCCCUAUUACCGGCCCAGCCCCUCAUCCUCCAGCUCGCUGAGCACCUACUCGUACAGCCGGAGCCGCAGCCGCAGCUACGGCAGCUCCAGCUCCAGCCGCAGCCGCAGCCGGACUCGCAGCCCCCCCAGCCGCUCCCGCAGCCCCAGCCGCAGCCCCAGCUACAACAGCCGCAGCAGCUCGGAGAGCGCCGGCUUCUGAGCGCCUGAGCUUCUGAGCUUCUCAGCUUCUGACCCCGACAGCCCAGCUCUGCCCCCAGAGCACCGGGGAGGAGGUGGAGAGGAGCCGGGGGAUGCUGAGGAUGGACCUGGCAGCGGGGGAAAGCACGGCCGGGAGCGCCAAUGGGUCCCUGGAACGCCCUGGGAGGGGGUGGUUCCCCCCGCUGCGAGGUGUUUUGGGGUCGGGAUGGGGAAGGGGAGGAUCUCUUCUUAUUACUGCGAGUGCCGGGGUGGGCGGGGAGGGGUGGGCAAGCACAGAGCGAGGGAACAAAUGCUCUGCAGAGACCUUGGGACCUUGUUCCCUUGGCUGGGGACACCCCUGGGGUCCCCCUGUGCUUUUUUUUGGUUUUGUUUGACUGUUUUUUAGCACAAGAGCAUCCCGGGGAGGUGGGGGGGGGGCAGGCUCAGCUGGAGGGUGCGAUGCCAACCAGAGGUGAGCAAUGCCCUUGUUUCCCCCAGCAAAGUUGUCCCCGUGGGAGACAGGGGCUCUGCAAAACAUUUUGGGGUCCCCCCAGACCUGAGCACACGCCGAGCCGUGGAUGAACAAAGCCGGCAGCGCCUGUAAUUCUCUUCCCAAGGGAGGAGAUCCAGGGAAAAACGCUGCUUGUCCAGCUCAGGAGCCGGCCUGGUACCCACCCACCCCACCCCACCCAGUCUGGGGGCACCGAGCUGUCACCCCCGGAGCAGGGAGCUGGGCAGGGGGGGCAUCCAGCCACCCUCUGGCAUGUCCCACCUCUGGGCUGGCAGCCCCCAGCCCCCUCCUGCUCUGGGGAAAAGUGGCUGCUGUUAAACUGAAUUAUGGCAAGAGAGAGGCAGGAGGGUCCCGGGCUUGGCCCUCCGCCCGGAUUUUGCAGGAUUUUUCUGAUUUCCCAAAAAAAAAAAGCACCCCAGGUGCUGAGGACAGCCGUGCCCCCGGGGACAGCUGGAGCAGGAAAAUGGGGGUGCAGGACAAUGGGGGUACAGGACAAUGGGAUGCAGGACAAUGGGGGUGCAGGACAAUGGGGUGCAGGACAAUGGGGGUGCAGGACAAUGGGAAUUCAGGACAAUGGGAAUUCAGGACAAUGGGGGUGCAGGACAAUGGGGUGCAGGACAAUGGGAUGCAGGACAAUGGGGGUGCAGGACAAUGGGAAUUCAGGACAAUGGGAAUUCAGGACAAUGGGGGUGCAGGACAAUGGGGUGCAGGACAAUGGGAUGCAGGACAAUGGGGGUGGCCUGGUGAAGCAGAGGAGCCGAGAGGACAGAGAUGGGAGCAAAAGGGCGCUUUGGGGUCAGCCUCCCAAACCUGGCAUGUCCAGGCUUCACCAGCCCUUGGAGAAAGUCCCAGGAGCUGGGCAGUGCCACCCUUGGCACAGACACCUGAACAAGCAGAGCUGUUAGAAAUGGGGUGAGCAGGUAAGGAGGGGACACAUCGUGGCUCUCCUUGUCCCCAAGUGCCAGCCCCGAGCAGGGUGGCGGCUCUGGAUGCGACUGUGGCAGGAGGAGGAGACAAAGGGUUCUGCUCUUUGGGGAGAUGGAGGACAGAAAUUCCCCCAGCAUCCCCACAAACCCAUCCCAGCAAUUCCCCGGGAUGCUCAGAGCUGAGCCCGGCCCUGCUGGGGUACGGGGAAACCCCCCGACAACACCGAACCCAAGCCAGCAGCGGGGGAACUCCCCAGCGGGGCCGCGGCUCCCAAAAACCCGAGACCCGACUGCAGCGGCGCCGCGGACCAGCCAGCACAUCAGGGAAAAAUUCCAGUCUUCCUCUUUUACAGUCUCUGUCUCCUGCCGCGGAGGGAGCCAACUGGAACAAAUACUCUGUAGAAAUACUUCAGUAUUUUCCUGUCGCGCCUGCGCUCUCUCUCUGGGUUGUGAGUACAGCUGUAGAUGCCGUGAGCUGGUGCAAUUAUAAUAAAUAUACAGUAUAUAUUGUAAAUUA